CGGGCGGUGGGCUGGACUGGCUCUGACCAAAGUCCUCUGCUCGCGAUCGCCAGCCGGAGCCCCCGCCCCUCUCCCGCCUCCAGUCCCGGAGCCCCCUCAGUUCGCUCCGCACAGCCCGCGCGCCGGCGCCUGAAGACAAUCCUCGCCUUGUCUAGGGCGCCGGCAUCUAGAGUUUUCUGUAACUCCGGCUACGCCUUUUUUCCAGGGCGGAGCCCCAACCCUACUCUUCCUCGCAGUGGUCCGCAUAGCAGCCCCAGUCCCGUUUCCAAAGUCCCGCUCGGUAGCUGGGAUCCAGGCGCGGGCCUGUGUGCUGUCUCGGCCCGCUUCCAGCCAUGGCCUCCUGGAGCCCGGGACUCCGGCUCCUGCUGCUACUGCUGCUGCUGCCGCCGCCACCUCCUGCGGACUCGGCCUCCGACCGUCCCCGGGGCGGCAACCCUGUCAACCCAGAGAAGCUGCUGGUGAUCACCGUGGCCACAGCCGAGACGGAGGGAUACCGGCGUUUCCUGCGCUCGGCGGAGUUCUUCAAUUACACAGUGCGGACUCUGGGCCUGGGAGAGGAGUGGCGAGGGGGUGAUGUGGCCCGAACAGUUGGUGGAGGACAGAAGGUCAGGUGGCUAAAGAAGGAAAUGGAGAAACAUGCGGACCAGGAGGAUAUGGUCAUCAUGUUUGUGGACAGCUAUGAUGUGAUUCUGGCUGGCAGCCCCGCAGAGCUGCUGAAGAAGUUCAUCCAAAGUGGCAGCCACCUGCUGUUCUCAGCAGAGGGCUUCUGCUGGCCCGAGUGGGGGCUGGCAGAGCAGUACCCUGAGGUGGGCACGGGGAAGCGCUUCCUCAACUCUGGUGGGUUCAUCGGCUUUGCCCCCACCAUACACCAAAUUGUCCGACAGUGGAAGUACAAGGAUGACGAUGAUGAUCAAUUGUUCUACACUCGACUCUACCUGGACCCAGGAUUGAGGGAGAAACUCAGCCUUAAUCUGGAUCAUAAAUCCAGAAUCUUUCAGAACCUCAACGGGGCAUUAGAUGAGGUGGUUUUAAAGUUUGAGCAGAAUCGUGUGCGUAUCCGGAAUGUGGCCUAUGACACGCUUCCUGUAGUGGUCCAUGGGAAUGGUCCCACUAAGCUCCAGCUGAAUUACCUGGGAAACUAUGUUCCCAAUGGCUGGACUCCUGAGGGAGGCUGUGGGUUCUGCGACUGGGACCGGAGGACACUCCCGGGGGGGCAGCCUCCCCCCCGGGUGCUUCUGGCUGUGUUUGUGGAGCAACCUACUCCGUUCCUGCCUCGCUUCCUGCAGCAGCUGAUGCUCCUGGACUAUCCCCCUGAUAGGAUCACCCUUUUCAUGCAUAACAAUGAGGUGUACCAUGAGCCCCACAUUGCAGACUCCUGGCCCCAGCUCCAGGACCACUUCUCAACUGUGAAGCUGGUGGGGCCAGAGGAGGCCCUGACCCCAGGCGAGGCCAGGGACAUGGCCAUGGACAGUUGUCGGCAGGACCCUGAGUGUGAAUUCUACUUCAGCCUGGACGCCGAUGCCAUCAUUACCAACCCGCAGACCCUGCGCAUCCUCAUUGAACAGAACAGGAAGGUCAUAGCACCCAUGCUGUCCCGCCACGGGAAGCUAUGGUCCAAUUUCUGGGGAGCCCUGAGCCCCGAUGAGUACUACGCACGCUCCGAGGACUAUGUGGAACUGGUGCAGCGGAAGCGAAUGGGCGUGUGGAAUGUGCCCUACAUUUCCCAGGCAUAUGUGAUCCGGGGGGAGACCUUGAGGACAGAGCUGCCCCAGAGGGAGGUGUUCUCAGGCAGCGACACUGACCCAGACAUGGCCUUCUGUAAGAGCCUGCGGGACAAGGUGAGCAGGGCAGUCAGGCCCAAUGCAGGGGUGCUAGGAGGCAGCCAUCUCGUGUGUCCUUCUCACACCCUCCCCCCACUCCAGGGCAUCUUCCUCCACCUCAGCAAUCAGCAUGAAUUUGGCCAUCUCCUGGCCACUUCCCGGUAUGACACAGACCACCUGCACCCAGACCUCUGGCAGAUCUUCGAUAAUCCCCUGGACUGGAAGGAGCAGUACAUUCACGAGAACUAUAGCCGGGCCCUUGAAGGGGAGGGAUUCGUGGAACAGCCGUGCCCAGAUGUGUACUGGUUCCCUCUGCUGUCAGACCAAAUGUGUGAUGAGCUAGUGGAGGAAAUGGAGCAUUACGGCCAGUGGUCAGGAGGCCGGCAUGAGGACUCAAGGCUGGCUGGAGGCUACGAGAACGUGCCCACUGUGGAUAUCCACAUGAAGCAGGUGGGCUAUGAAGACCAGUGGCUGCAGCUGCUGAGGACGUAUGUGGGACCCAUGACUGAGAGGCUGUUCCCAGGCUACCACACCAAGACUCGGGCAGUGAUGAACUUUGUAGUCCGCUACCGGCCAGAUGAACAGCCCUCUCUGCGUCCACAUCACGACUCAUCCACCUUCACUCUUAACGUUGCCCUCAACCACAAGGGCCUGGAUUAUGAGGGAGGUGGCUGCCGCUUCCUACGCUAUGACUGCGUGGUGUCAGCCCCGCGGAAGGGGUGGGCGCUCCUGCACCCUGGCCGACUCACCCACUACCAUGAGGGGCUGCCCACCACAAGGGGCACUCGCUACAUCAUGGUGUCCUUUGUUGACCCGUGAUACUCAACCACUCUAUCAAACCUCUCCUGCCAUUGUGCCUUCUGGGGGUCUAUCUGGCUCCUCGCUUCCUGAGUGUAUGUUCCGUGUGUCUGGGACUGAAUGUGUCGCCUCAUCCCCUACACACACAAACACACACACAGAGUCCUCUCAGGAAGCUCCUGGAGCCCCCUUGUCCCUCUCCUCAGCUCCCAAGGGUUCAUGAGGAGAGGGCUUCUGCGGGGUUCCUCAUGUGAUAACUUAUUGUUUCUCAGCCUCCCUCCCAAUAAAGGAGGAUUUAUAACUCUUGA